AUGUGUAGAGGCAUUCGUCAGGAGAGAAAUAACGAAGGCAGUUCUUGUAGCAAAGAGGUUGAUUCACCUAAUGCAACCUCAAGAUGGGUUUGUUGUGAGCUGUGUGGGUCAAGGGCAUCGUUAUAUUGUCAAGCAGAUGAUGCAUUUUUAUGUCGAAAAUGUGACAAAUGGGUGCAUGGAGCUAAUUUCUUAGCUCAAAGGCAUAUUAGAUGCAUGUUAUGCAACGCAUGCCAAAAUCUUACACAAAGAUAUCUCAUUGGGGCUUCAACUCAGGUGUUGCUUCCAACUAUUGUGAGUUGGGGAGAAACAAGGCAGCGUAAUUCUAAUCUUGAAAAGAA